AUGAACUAUGUGCGAGAGUGGCUCUUCGGAGCUAAGGGAAAUGGAGAUCUCAUCAACGAGCUAAAGCGCCCGGUGAAUGAGCCAGACAUGUACCCAGUGCAUACGGUAGAUCACAUUAAAGAGUGCCAAACGUUCGUGGCGAUGAUCAUGCUUUUCAAUGACGUGCUUGAUGCCGACAUGCUUAACGACUCCUUGUCAAGGUUACUUGAGAUUGGUGACUGGAGGAAAUUGGGAGGUCGACUAAAGAGAGGCGUCGACGGCGGCCUUCAGAUACAAGUCCCGCCAAAGUUUACGGCCGAACAACCAGCUAUAACAUACACACACAUCUGUCUGACCCAUAUGAAGAUCAGUGACCAUCCGGUAGCCAAACGGCUUCCAACACGCACGGGUGACCCGUCCAUACAGACCCUGCCAGAAAGUGCUGAAUUCCGUACACUACAAGUUCGCGAGGACUUCCCAACGUCAUUAGACGCCCUGAUCGCAGCCGACCUGCCCCAGAUCUCAUUGCAUGUCCACUCGUUCCGCGAUGCCACGGUUGUCGGUUUUGCUUGGGCACACACAGCGAUGGACGGUGUCGGUUGGGCAGCGUUGCUAAGGAGCUGGUCACUCGUCAUGGCCGGUCAAGUGGAGAAGGUGCCUCUUGUAGCAGGAGCUCGUCAUGAUAUCCUUUCUCAUUUGCCUCCUAGCGACUCGGACCAGGAAAAGCUCUUCGACAGUCAAGGGCGUCUGCGCAACCUCCGGUUAGCCAAGUUUAUCUGUCGGUCGGGAUGGGAGAAGCUUACUGGCCCUGCCAAGGUCUUGCGAGCCAUGUACAUCCCCAAGGUGAAGUAUGACAUGUUAGUGAAGAGAAUCAAAGACCAGGUCUCUCGAAUUGCGACAGACGUUAACGACAAGCUUUACAUAAGUGAAGUUGACGCGCUCAUAGCCUGGAUCACACGGCAAAUAGCCUUGUCGCAGCCUAGGCCGAGGCCUGUGACAAUCAUGAGCAUCAUCAACUAUCGUUUUCGGCUGAAGGAUCUACUUCGGCUGGAUGAUGUAUAUUUGCAAAACCUGCUCAUGCUCUCCUAUACACUGUUGUCUGCGCAAGAAGCUCGCGGCGCGGUGGCACCGCUCGCUCUGAGCCACCGAGCGCAAGUCAUGGAGCAAACAACAGAGCCACGAGUCGCUAGCUUUGUACAAUGGGUCAGCAAGCAUAUUGACAAAGGCAAAAGUGCGAUCCGUUUAUGUGGCGAACCAGACUCCAUCAUGAUUUGGUUAAACUCCUUUACCAAGGCCGAGAUCAUGAAAAUGACUGACUUUGCUCCUGCGGUGUUGCGCCCAGGAGAGGGCGAGGAAACGCGAAGCAACCCUAGUGGCACGAUGGUAAACUGGAUCUUCAAAGACGUAAAUGAACCGAUGCCGUACAUGGACGCGCUGCAUAUACUUGGAAAAGAUCAUAGUGGUGGAGCUUGGAUUGAAGGAUAUUUAUCGCUGGAGGUGUGGGACGCUCUUGAGCAACAGAUGAAGCUAUUGAUAGAGCAAAGCUAA